AGAGAGAGAGAGGGAGGCCAUCUUGAUAAGAGAAGAACCCUAUAGAGACAGAGAGAGAAACAGAAAGAGUGGGGGAUGUCUUAUAGAAUGAACAAAACAUCCUCUGUUUCUCUUGUCCUUGUCCCUUUCUCCAGAUCUUAAAAAAAAGGUUCUCCGCAUUUUCCAUCAUCAUCAUCAUCAUCAUCUGGGUCCUCCUCCUCCAAGAUGGAGCAAAAGAUGGAAACGGUGUCGGAUCUGGGGAAGCUCUUCAUUGGCGGGAUUUCAUGGGACACGGACGAAGAACGGCUUCGAGAGUAUUUUAGCAAGUACGGUGACUUGGUCGAGUCUGUGAUCAUGCGUGACCGUACCACGGGACGUGCACGUGGCUUUGGUUUCAUCGUCUUUGCAGAUCCUUCUGUUGCUGAGAGAGUCAUCAUGGACAAACACAUCAUCGAUGGCCGCACGGUGGAGGCCAAGAAAGCUGUGCCACGUGAUGAUCAGCAAGUGCUGAAACGACACGCGAGUCCAAUGCACCUUAUCUCAUCACCUAGCCACGGUGGUGGUAACAACAACGGGAGAACCAAGAAGAUCUUCGUUGGAGGUUUACCAUCGAGCAUCACCGAAGCCGAGUUCAAGAACUACUUUGACCAGUUCGGUACGAUCGCAGACGUUGUGGUGAUGUACGAUCACAACACGCAGAGGCCACGUGGCUUUGGAUUCAUCACUUUUGAUUCAGAAGAGUCUGUCGACAUGGUUCUUCACAAGACCUUCCACGAGCUAAACGGCAAAAUGGUCGAGGUUAAAAGAGCAGUGCCGAAGGAGCAGCCUUCCUCCUCAGCAGCUCCUCUUGCUGGUUCUAACCGAAGCAGCCCGGUUAUUGGGUAUGGUGGUAAUAACAACUAUGGAGGAGUAGUGGUACAACCUAAUAGGUCAUCUGGUGGUGGUAAUAGCUACUUCAAUAGUUUUGCUCCUGGUUAUAAUAGUAACAACAACAACAUAGGCCCUCCUGGUUCUAGGUUUAGUCCUAUUGGUAGCGGUAGGAAUGCUUUCUCUUCUAGUAACUUUGGUCUUGGUCUGAACCAAGAACUGAGUCUGAUGAACUCAAGCUUUGAUGGAAACGCUAUUGGUUAUAAUAACCGGAUGAUCCAUGGGAACCAAUACUUCAACAGUGGUGGUGGUGGUGCUUCGCCAAACCGUUACAACUCUCCGAUAGGAUUCAACAGAGGCGACUCUGCUUACAACCCAAGCAAUAGAGACUUGUUGUGGGGAAACAGGACAGACUCUUCUGGUGGUCCAGGUUGGAACUUGGGUGUCUCUGUUGGUAACAACAACAGAGGAAACUGGGGACUUUCUGAUACUAAUGGCUAUGGGAGAAGCUUUGGAGCAAGUUCUGGACUUUCUGCGUUAUCAUUCUCUGGUGGUAACAACAACAACAACACAAAUGGUUUUGAUGGGUCCAUAGGGGAACUGUACAGAGGGAGCUCGGUUUAUAGCGACUCAACGUGGCAGCAGGGGUUGCCUCAUCAUCAGUCUUCUAAUGAGUUAGACGGCUUGUCUCGCUCUUAUGGCUUUGGUUUUGACAAUGUAGCCGUCUCAGACCCAACUGGUAAUGCCUCUGAAGGUUACCCCGGAAGUUACAGUGUUGGAGGGAAUAGACAAACGAAUAGAGGUAUUGAAGCAUAGAAAAAUGCAAUGAGAGUUUGAAGAGUUGUUACCAACUUUCUUCAUCACAGUGAGUUUCUGUUUUUUCUUUUUUUGGUUUUAGCAUCACAAAACAACACCAAGAAAAAGAGUUUAUGUCUACUGUUUUAAAAUUCUUACAUAAAAGAGAAGAUCAGAUUGGUUAGCUGCAAAGAUACAAAGAUGUUGGGAGGAAUGAUAAAAAAAAAGAGAUUUGGUGUCUACUGCGUUCAUCUUUCCGUAGCAAUAACUAGAGAGAUUGUUGAUUCUCGAUCUCACUAUUCUUUAGAUUUCUCCAAAAGAUUAUUCAUGUUGUGUGCUCUUGUUUGUAACUCUAAUUGUUAAUGGUUCUUUUUUUCUUUCUUUCUUACAGAUUUUUUUUUGGUUUAAACUUUGUUUGAUUCGGAAUUGUUCAUGAGAACUUAUGAUUUUUUUCUUUUAGUGUGAGAGUUAAACAUUGUGCAAAAGGGAUUCAAAAUGAUUAUUUUCAAUGUAUUGAUUCAUAUUUUGCUUUGA